AUAUACGGAGCCUCGGGAAACUUCGUACAUGGGACUACAUUUUGCUCGGUAAAGAAGCCGUCAAGCUUGGCUACAACAAGCGUGCCAUUCAGUGGUUCAAACUCGCCGUUAAAAACAGCGACACUGAAGAACUUACUGAUGAAGAACGAGAAAUUAUUACCGGCCUGAGAUCUACAAUUUUGAAGUACGAGUCAAUGGCACUAGAAGACAAGUCAAAGAAGAAAAAGAAGAAAAGUAAGAAAUCAAAAGGCAACAGCAAAGAAUAUAUGCCUACCGAAAAAGUUCUGCUUACGUACGAAGAAGAAGCAAAGAUGCAAAAUAAACUCUGCAGAGGCGAGAACUUGAGGCUGUAG